AUGAAGGCCGAGAAGGCUGCGGCGGCCGCCGCCGCCGCCCAAGCCGAGGAGCCUGCUCCCGCGCCGGCAGCGGAGCCUCCGGCGGCCGAGGCGAAGCCAGCGCCGGCAGUGGAACCUGCGGCGGCCGAGGCAAAGAAGGAGACUCCCAAAGAGCGGCUGGCGCGCAUCAAGGCGGAGAAGGCAGCGGCGGCGGCAAAGGAGGAUGCACCAGCAGCGGCCGAGCCCGCUGAAGAUCCGCCGGCUCCUCCUUCAGCGGAGGAGGCUGCUGCGGGAGCCGAAGACCCCGCUCCCGCUCCGGCUCCAGAGGACACGAUCGACGAGUCCAAGGCUGCCGAGCCUCCCGCCGAGCCGCCUGCGGAGGCGGCGGCGGCGGGUGAGGGCGGCCCGGCGGCGCCCGACGACGACGACGCGUCCGACGAGGCGGUGGCGCCUGAGGCGGCGGCAGCGCCAGCGGCGGCGGAGGCGGAGGCGGCGGCGGAGGCGGCGGAGGCGGCGGAGGCGGCGGAGGCGGCGGAGGCGGCGGUGGCGGCCGACGGCGGUGGAGCGGAGGAGGAGGAGGAGGAGGAGGAGGAGGAGGCGGGGGCUGCUGCGGAGGCGUCGGCAGCCGAUGGCGCGGCGGAAGCGGAGGGGGAGGCGGAAGCGGCGGAAGCGGCGGCGGCGGCGGCGGCGGAGGAGGAGGAGGAGGAGGAGGCGGCGGCGGCGGAGGCGGCGGCGGCGGGGGAGGCGGCGGCGGCGGGGGAGGCGGCGGCGGCGGACACGGAGGCGGGCGGGCAGGGUGCGGAGGUGGAAAGCGGCGUCUCUUCUCCGGCGGCGGCGAACGCCCUCGCAGGCAUGCUGGACGCGGUCGGCUCGUCCUCCGAGUCGGUGGGCUCCGCGCCAGCGUCCAACGCCUCGACGGACGCGGCGGAGGAGGACGACACGCCUAGAAGCGGACUGUCUCCCCAUAUCUCCCCAUAUCUCCCCAUAUCUCCCCAUAUCUCCCCAUAUCUCCCCAUAUCUCCCCAUAGCUCCCCAUAG